ACAUUUCUCAUCAGAUGAAGUCAAUUUUUUUGACUAUGAUACUAUAAUAAUAUCAAUCAAGAUAUCAAGAAUCAGCGAAUGUUCUGAGAAAGAGAUAGAGAAGGAGUAUCAUAUUGCAAAUAGUAAAAAUAAUUAUGAAUAAAUGUAUAAAACAAAGUUUUUAAGAAAAUUGAUAUUUAGAAAAUAUUAUAGCACAUUUCAUCGGGAAAAUAUGAACAAAGCAAUACUGAAUAAACCAAUAGAAAACUCAAUUAAGAAAAAACUGGAAACUACCUUGAGACCCCUGUAUUGCAAUGUUAUUAAUGAAUCUUACAUGCAUAAUGUUCCCAAGGAUUCCGAGACGCAUUUCAAGGUAGUAAUAGUAUCAGAAAAAUUUAACAAGCAGCCAUUGAUCGAGAGACACCGAGUAAUAAAUGAAUUAUUGCAAGUGGAACUGCAAGGAGGCGUACAUGCUUUAUCAAUAGUUGCAAAAACACCAGAACAAUGGGAAGCAAGCAAUAAAACAGUGACUGCGAGUCCUGCUUGCAGAGGUGGUUUUGGAAAAUAACGUUAUUUAAUAAUUUAACGAUUAAUUAAGGAUAAUAAUUUAAGCUAUAAAAUAAAUUAUGCAGUAUAUGUAAUAUAAGUAAUAAACACAUUUUACUGCAAUUUUUACAUAAAUAAUAUUUACAUAAAUAAAAUUUUUUUUUUUAAUUAUAUGAGAUCUCACAAACACACACGUUCUGUAUAUAAAAUAUCUCCUAUAUAUUAAAUAAAAUCAAAUACUGAACUAAAA